UCAUACUUGCCAGGUUGGAAGUUAAUUGCUGGAUCGUACGAUUUGGUUGUGAUCAAAUGGCAUCAGUGACGAAAUCUUACUUAAAAAUUAAUUAUAAAAAGCUGAAGGUUUCAAUGUGUCUUUCAUAUCUUGAAAUAUAAGUGAAUAAAUAGAGUAAUUAAAAUAUUCAAAAUGGGUUUGUGGCUAUCUAAACUGUACGAUGUAUUUUCUGAAUUUUCUGGGUCAACACCAGCAAGAAUUCUGAUGUUGGGAUUGGACGCAGCAGGAAAAACAACAAUUCUUUAUAAGAUAAAGUUAAACGAGAGUGUUCAUACAAUUCCUACCAUUGGCUUUAAUGUUGAGACCGUCAGUCCAGUGAAGGGUGUCAGCUUCACUGUGUGGGAUGUUGGUGGCCAGGAGAAAAUCAGACGUCUGUGGCAGCAUUAUUAUCAGAAUACGGAAGGACUUAUUUAUAUAGUUGACAGUAGCGAUAAAGAGAGACUUUCGGAAGCUAAAGAUGAACUUGAUGGGAUUCUCAACAGUGAUGAAAUGAGAGGUGUUCCAGUUGUAGUGGUGGCCAAUAAACAAGAUUUACCUCGAUCUAUGAGUCCAUCAGAAGUGGCAGAUGGUCUUGGUUUACCGAAAAUGACUGGCAGAAAAUGGUACAUUCAUGGAGCUUGCGCGCCAACAGGCGAAGGAAUCUUUGAGAGCAUGAAAGAAAUGGCAGACUUAGUGAAAAAUAACAAAAGGCACUGACCAGCUCAAUCUUAAUAUAAGAUGCGUGAAUUUGAAGCACGGGAAGUCGCGGAUAUCCCGAAAAAACAUUUUCCAGGAAACCCUGAUAAACAUUGAUCUGGUAACAGGAGUAAAAUCGUCGAUCGAAAAUCUAAGAUCUGAGUGUUGAAAUGUAUAAUGGGACUGUGCAAUAUGUUAAUCCAUUGAAGGACUAUAUUGUCAAUGUAGUUCUGUCAUAGUUAAAUCAAAUAGAGAGAGAAGAAA